AUGGUAUCUCCAUUUUACAAUAGUGACUAUUCUUAUCAUCUUCAUCAAACUGACGAUAACUGUAACAACAAUAACGCCAAUAACAAUAUUUGUGUUAAACAACAGCAGCAAGAGCAAUCAUUCGAUUAUUCUUAUAUACAACCUUUCAUAAAUGAAAAACUUGCUGCUGCUGCUUUCGUUGCAAAAUUAUAUCAACCAUAUGUCUAUCCAGCAACAACGACAAUAUCUACUGCAACAACCGGUGAUUCUAAUACUGAUGCUACCGUUAUUGAUAAUACUUCAAACAACGUCGUUGAUUUUGAUUUGAUCAUAAAUUCUGGAAAUUUACAAUCUGUUCAACAAAAUGAUAUCGCUGUCACUGCUGCUACUGAUGCAUCUGCCAUUUAUGGUUAUAAUGAUUCUGCUUUAUAUAAUCCAUACAUCACCUUGGAUUCCAACGCUUUAUCAAAUUUUGAUCUCUUUCAAUUCAAUACCCAAUUGGAUCAACAAAAUUGUGAUUUGACUUUCGGUGACAAUAACUCCACUAGAACUCCCUCACCUGUGCCUAACACUGCACCAUCUUCUCCUUUAUAUUUUAGUACGCUCACUGAUCACUUUAACCAAAAGAUCAACGAGGAAAAUCAUCUUAAUAACAUUAAUCAUCAAUUGAUCAAUGAUGGUCUCUCUUACAUUCCUACACUUUCCUCUUAUCAAG